AUGUCUGACGCUGGCUCUCCGCCCCAGGAGCGCAGGGAUGACGCCUCCGUGGACUCGCACGAUGGUGCCGGUGAUGCGGGCAACGAGUCCGAUGACAUUCUUUCCGAAAUCGACGAAGGCGAAUUCGAGCACUAUGAACCCGACAUGGAGAAGAGACAGACGUCCAACAUUAUCAUCGACGAGAAUAUUACCAAGGGACUUAAAGCCAGCAGAAGGAAGAUCACCGACAGCGUGACCAACAAGAAACCUAAAGAAGGCCGCAGGCCAAAAAAGCGGACAAGAGGAGAGGAUGAUGACGACCUGGAUGCGAAUGACAUUAUCGAGGAUGGUGACCGUCGACCGCGCAAGGCGCGCGCAGGUGAAUCGGGCCGCCGAUCAGGCAAGAAGGAGGCUCCCAGGCAAGAAGAGAUUCCAGAGGAGAAUCUCACACCAGAGGAGAGGCGGCGUCGGGCACUCGAGCGUGCCAUGGAUGCCGCUCUCAAACCCACUACCAAACGGAGACGCAAGAAGGAUGAUAUCGAUCUCGAGGACGAAAUCGAUGAACAAAUUGCCAAUCUCAAAGUCGCCAUGGAAAACGCCUGUGUGGCUGACAACAAAGCCCGUGAGGAUGGCAUUGCGGCCACCCACAAGCUUCAACUUCUCCCUCAAGUCACAGCGCUUCUCAACCGGACAGCCGUUCAAGAUUCCAUUCUCGACCCUGAAACCAAUUUCCUCCAAGCUGUCAAAUACUUCUUGGAGCCCCUGAACGACGGCAGUCUCCCCGCUUACAAUAUUCAGCGCGACAUCUUCAAUGCUCUCACCAAGCUUCCAGUCAACAAAGAGGUGCUUCUCAGCAGCGGCAUUGGCAAGGUAGUUUACUUUUACACCAAAAGCAAGCGACCCGAGAUUGGCAUCAAGCGCAUUGCAGAGCGUCUUGUGGGUGAAUGGAGUCGUCCGAUCCUGAAGAGGACUGAUGAUUACAAGAAACGCCAAAUCGAGACUCGCGACUUUGACAUUGCUGCGGCCAAAAUGGCUCAGCGUCAAGAAACAGCGAUGGGUAGCUCCCAGAUUACGCUUACCCAGCGACCAGCCGGCAAUAAGUCCCGGUUCGAGCUCGAGCGCGAGAGACUUCUUGCGCCCGAGACCAAGACCAACCGCGCGCAACCUGCUGGUCUGCCUACCAGCUACACCAUUGCUCCACGCAGCACAUACGAUGGGUCGGCUCGGUCGAGCGAACACAGGCCCAUUGGUGCUGGUGGCAUAGAGGCGUUUAGGAAGAUGACGCAGAAGAAUAAGGGGAGGAAAGCUUAG